GAAGAUAGAAGUUGAAUACAAACCACCAGGUCACCGCUGCCCCUCGCUCUCCAGAAUUUGACCCUUCGAGUGCUUGGAUUCUGUCAAGUAAACGGCGUGUUUGGGAGUAGGUUGAACACUGAAGCAUUGUCGGAGUCGAGGUUUGUGCCAUCACUUGACUGUUGCAGAGUUAUGAUGGAUUCGUCUUCAGAAUAUGUAUUCUUCAAUGCACAAGAACUGAAAGAACUUGAGUCUUGUUACGAGAAAGGUGGGCUGGGUAGGUUUGCGGAUAAAAUCGUGCAGAAGAUAAAUAAUUUGAGUAACAUAGAGCUUCAUAUCGCAGUGACAGGAGAGUCAGGUACAGGGAAAUCCACCUUCAUCAACUCAAUGAGGGGGCUGCGGAGCAAGGAUAAAGACGGAGCUAAAACUGGGACAACGGAAACCACAAUGGAGCCAACCCCAUACAAACAUCCCAGCUUCCCUAAAGUUUGCUUCUGGGACCUGCCAGGAGUUGGAACAUUAAAAUUUCCAGUGAAAGAUUACCUGAAUAAAAUGCAAUUUGACAGGUACGAAUAUUUUAUCAUAAUCUCGAGAGGUCGAUUCACAGAAAAUGAUGCAAAUCUCGCCAAGGAGAUUAAAAGCAUGGGUAAGAAAUUUUACUUUGUACGAACUCAAAUUGACAAUGACCUCCGUUCUCUUGAAAUGGAAGGUAUAUCUUUUGACAGAAAUACGGAACUGGAGAGGAUUAGAAAUUACUCAACUGAAGGGUUGAAAGAAGCAGGGAUUUCAAAUCCAAUUAUUUUCCUUAUAUCAAGCUUCCAAGUGAACGAGUUUGAUUUUCCAAAAUUAAAGGAAACUCUCGCAGAUAACCUCGAUGAUAUUAAGAAAGAUGUUUUCUUGAUGUCACUUCCAAGCACAACAUUAAAGAUUGUGAAGCAGAAAGAAAAUCAUCUGAGGAAACGAAUCUGGAUGUUAGCAAUAGUAUCAGGAACAGUCGGAGCCGUGCCAAUUCCUGGAUUGUCCUUUAGCCUUGACCUUGGAAUACUGGUGACAGCAAUAAUAGAAUUCCGCACAUGUCUCGGUCUGGAUGAUGCCUCUCUUCAAAGACUGGCCAAUGUUACAAAGAAACGUGUGGAGUUUCUGAAAGCAGAAUUGAAAACCCCUCUGGUAGGUGAAAUAAAUGAGGAUGUUUUGAAAAGAAUAUUGAUAGGCUCCGCUUUUUUUGGCAUUUCAGCUGCAGAAAUGGCCCUUGACCUUGUCCCAAUCGUUGGCUCCAUCUUCGGGUCAGUGUCUUCAUUUGGAAUGACUUAUAAACUGUUGAGCAAUGCACUGAACGAACUUGUGGUGAAUGCACAGAACGUGGUGAAAGUUGCAUUUGACAUUGAUUGUAAUCAUCCAUAAUAAAGCAUCGACCCACUGAGUUGCUCCACAUCAUUAGAAAUUCAUGAGAGAAAAAAGAAAUGUCAUCUUCCACAUCCCCAGUAUAUGCCAAAUUAUUUCACAACUGAUGAAUUAUCUUCCAAAAUCUCUGUUGCAGCAAUCUUCAAAAACAACAUGUGUGCGCCAAACCUUCAGAAAACAAAAUAACAUAAGAAAAAUGCUUCAAGGAACAUUCAGCCCCUCAAACCUGCCCCACCAUUCAAUAUGAUUGAGCCUGAUCUCCCCAGGCCUCGUCGACCUUCUUCUGUCAGUUUCCUCUGGCACUCGGGUACAGUACAACCUGUACGGGCAACUUAUCUGCCUUCUGAUCCAUUUAUUUAUCGAAUACUUUGUUACUUUUGAUAGUGAAUCCUACUAUUUCUUCCAGAGUGAUUGAAGCCAGCCCAUCGGUUAGCCUUGGGAUAUUUGCUGUACCCUACACCCCGGAGACAGAUGCAAACUAUUGACCUGUGUUGCCUGCUAUUUCCUUGUUUUUCAUUGGUAAUUCACCAGUCUUACUCUUUGGGGGUCCCUCGUUUACCUUAUCUACACUCUUCCAUUUGAUAUAUCCAUGGAAAGUUUCGAUGGUACUUUUGAUAAUGCGUGCCAGUUUUCUCUCACAGUUAAUUUUCUCCAUGCUUGUUAACAUUUUACCUUCUCACUGGUGGUUCAUUUAAAUUUCAAGUGUACUUAGCUCUAACUCUUGCCCUUGCUAUUUUAUAUUAAUGAGUUAAUAUUUUCCUUAACAUUCCUUCCUCUUUCGUAAUUUGGAUUUUUAUUGCUGAAUGUUAUGAACUAGCUGUUUACAUAGCUACAAUCUCAUCCAAUGACCCUCCAUUAGCCUAUUUAUUCAGUCCAUAACAGACAACUCGACAACUCUACACUCAUGCCAUGGGAAUUGCCCUUAUUUAAUUUGAGGACGCCUAUAUGAACCACGGUUAUUUGCCCUCAAAUUGUAUCGAGAAUUGUACGAUGUUAUGAUCACUACCUCCUAGAGGUUCCUUAACCUAAAUAUCUUUUAUUAAUCAUAUCUCAUCCACAUUAUUAAAUCUAAAAUUAGCCUGUUCCUGAGUAGGUUCGAUCAUAUACUGCUCUAGGAAAAUAGUCUUGACACACUCCACAAAUUCCUUUCCUACCGUAACGUGGCCAUUGUGAUUACUCUAAUAAUAAGCGUAUUGAAAACUCCAAUAGUAAUUGCAGUAACCCUCUCAAAUGCCUUUGAUAUUUCUCCAUUCAUGCUUUGUCUUAUCUAGAAACAACCCAAUGGGGAUCUAGAGACCACUGCACCAGUGUCUUCCAUCCAAAUUGAUUCUAUUUCACUAUCCGCUGCAUCUCUGUCACACUCAACACAGCACUGAUUUUUUUCUUGCUGAUGAAAUCUCCUCCACCUCCUUUCAAUUUGUGCCCUUCUUCUUGCAAUCUUAAAUAAUAUUGAGUAUGAAAUUGAGUAUCCAAUCCCGAUUGUCCUGAAACAUUUUCUCUGGGAUAAUUAUUGUAUCAUACUCAUAUCUUACUAUCCGUGACAUCAACGCCUCUAUCCAGCUAAAAACGCUACCUGUUUACAGCAUUAAGUACUGACUUUUUAAAGUAUUCGUUUCCUACUGGAGAUCCACUUUCUCCGCAGGAUAUUGCUUAUAUUUUCUUGCCCGUCCUAUUAUGUUUUGCUUUUCAUUUUUCCUCCUCACGAGUUUGUCCCAUUGCUUCUUAAUUUAUUUGUGAUUUAUUAAACUUCCCAUCACUAUAACAUUCCCCACUCUAAUUAAUUUAAAUCCAUGCCUAUAAUCCGAUCGACACGACUCACAGGACACCAGUCACAGCAUGGUUCAGGUGUAGCCCAUCCUAAUGGAACAGCUUCCUCCUUCCUCAGUGUUGAUGCCACUGCCCUAGGAAUUGGAACCUAUUUCUGCCACUCCAGUCUUUGAGCCGCACGCUUACUUGUCUAACCUUGUAUAUCCUUGCUGAUAUGCAUAUGGCUCAAGCAAUAAUUUGGAAAUUAUCAUUCUUGUGAUCACGUGCAAAUUCGUAUCUUAACCAAACUAUCCAACCAAGACACAAUUUCAAUGUGGACUGGAAUCAUUCAAGCCUGGAGCAUUAACCCAGUAUUUUUCACAAUCUCUCUCGCUGCAAUGCUCUUCAUUUCCAACAACCUUCCUGCUGGAGUGCAGCUCAUCAACUGGAUUAAGAGGAAAAAUGUUCAUCCUACGCUGUCUCCAGUCCAAAACUGAGGUCACCCCUACUUCAGUCAUUAUGUGCAUAUGCGUUCGUUUGGAAGCCAAACUUCAAGUCAUUGUCCAUCCGUUCACUGAAGCAUGCGAGUGGAAGAGAUUACACUCAAUGUCUGUCACAGAAAAUUCCCUAAUGACCGCAUUACAUUCACUAUACAAAUUCAUGAGGAUAUCGAGGAAAACAUGGAGCGCUCCUGACAUCUGCGGGCCAACUCUUGGCAAAAACAAGCUUUGAUAAUGAAAUUCACCAUUUCCUUCAGUACAUCUGCCUAGCUUUUGGCCGUCAGGGAGAAACAUGUAUUUGACGAUUAAGAUCUCGAACCUAGCACAAAGCUCAAGGUUUACCACGAUACAGUGAGUCCUGUCCUCCACUCCACUGGCAGGAUAAGCGAACCAACAUGACCGUUCUACACCAUGCCGGCAGCCCCGAUAAUACCGGACCCUAUAUUUCCGUACCAAACACUGUUUCCUGAGCCCGUCACCACAGGCUAUUAGCAGGUGGACAGAUGAAACAAUAUGUAAUGUUCUCAAGCCCUCCUUGGAAAAAAUGUAACAUUACCAUUGUCUCUUGGGUAUUCCUGGACCGUGCCUGCUCAAAGUGGAGGAUCACUCUGGAUGGUACUGGGAGUCUCAAGGCUAGGUGGAAUGAUAGAAGGGGCGCACUCCCUCAUAAACGACCUACCCUCCCGGUCCAUCACCCCGCCUCAGGCUGAGUCUGCGGAUCCAUGCUGGUAAACCACAGAACGGGAGUGGAAGCAAGUCAUCCUUGAUUCAAAGGGACGACUUGAGAAGAAGCAGCUUCCAUCAGCUAAAUGUCCUGUCCCAAACUUCUUGACAAGCAAUAAAGUAUUUGGAAGUGCGGCCGAUGUUGUAGCGUGGUCUAGAACGAAGCGCAUUUAGGCUGACGGAGAAGCUACUGACCAUCGUAUAUACGUCGGGCUAUUAAAGGAGUUUAACUAAUUAAACCAUUCAGAUUUAACCAGUCGUACGGGUGCUAAACUUGCUAGUGGAUCGGUCACUUAUCUUGUCCUCAACUGUCCGAGCCGAGGGUCCAGUUUGGGCCAAAAACAGCUUCCACCAGUCUGGGCGUGGCCCAUAGGCCGUACGUUGGGCGCCCCUGGUUGAGAACAUAGAACAUUGAACAGUACAGCACAGGAGCAGGCCCUUCGUCCCACGAUGUUGUGCCAAACUAAUUAAGCUAUUGACUCCUCAUCCUUUCUAUCAGCACAUGGUCCAUAUCCCUCCAUUCUCUGCAUACUCAUGUGCAUAUCUAAGAGCUUCUUAAACGCCUCUGUCGUAUCUGCCUCCACCACCACCCCUGGCAGCGCAGUCCAGGCACCCACCACUCUCUGUGUAAAAAUAAACUUACUCCGCACAUCUCCUUCGAACUUACCCCCUCUCACGUUAAAUUCAUGCCCUCUAGUAUGAGACAUAUUGUCCCUGGGAAAAAGAUACCGGUCGUAUCUAUGCCUCUCACAAUUUUAUUAAUUUCUAUCAGGUCUCCCCUCAGCCUCCGCUGCUCCAGAGAAAACAACCCUAGUUUUCAGAUGCUGGAAAUCUGAAAUGAAAAUAGAACAUGCUGUAAAAACUCAGCAGGCCAGGCAGCAUCUGUAGAGAGAGAAAAACAGUCCAUGUUUCUCUUCUGCCGUCCUUCAACAGAACUGGGAAAGAGAGAGAUACAGUGAGAGAGUAGGUGAGGGAGAGAUGUGUAGAUCAAAGGGAAUGUCGGUGAUGAGGGGGUGAGUCUAAAUGGUUUAAUGGUUACACAAGAGACUGCCGAUGCUGGAAGCUGGAGCAACAAUCAAUCUGCUGGAGGAACUCAGUCGGUCGAGCAGCAUCUGUGGGAGGGAAAGGAAUUAUCGGUGUUUCUGGUCGAAACCCUUCAUCAGGACUGAGAGCGGAGAGGGGUGAUGGCUGGUCUCAAGAGGAGGGGAGGAGGUAGUGGAGAGACAGGAGCCUGAGGUGAUUGGUGGACUGAGUAGGGGGUGAAGGAUAAUGGGCAUGUCGACCCAGGUAGGGGAAGGGGAGGGUGCAGCUGGGGGAUAAUGGAUGGAGGAAGCCAAAAAUAGAGAGACAGAUGGAGCGAGGGGAGGGGAGGGGAUGGUGAAAGUGGAGCAGCUGCUGGAGGAUGAUAAGCAGGUUUCCAGUUACCAGCACAUUAAGCUUCUUGGCUUGUGUAGUGUGCCAUUAAUGAUAACAUUGUGGACCCUGCCUGCGUAUUAAUAAUAAAUUAAAACAAGAAAGAACUGGAAACACUCGGUAGAUUAGGCAACAUCUGCAGGAAUGGAAACAAAGCAAACGUUUCAGAUCAGAAACCUUUUGUCACGACUGGGAAAGAUAGGGACAAAAGGUAGUAUUAAGUUGCAGAGAAGAUAUGAGGAAGGAUAGAUAGGAGAAGGGGAAUAUCUAUGAUAGGGUGAGCCUUGGGUUGCUGUGGAGAUGAGUUGUCAAUGGGGCAUAUUGGAGGGAGAGCAUUAUGACUCUUAGAAGUAAUUAAAGAAGGAUAAUCUAACUUGGGAGCGAGGAGAAAGAGAAUGGUGCAUUCUUGGGAGUGAAGAACUUCACAAUAAUAACUACUUCAGAGUAAUUAAAUAGCUAAUAAUGACUUCUUGUGAGUUGUUAACAGAGAAUAGUGAAUAAGUAUGAGUGAAUUAAUGGAGAAUAGUAGAACGCUGAGCGUAAUUAAAGAGAAUAAUGGAUAUUUGAAAGUAAUUAAAUCGUGUUUUGGAGUAAUUAUAUAGAGAGUAAUUGUUAGUAGGGGGAGAUAAGUUGCUUGCUAGGAAAUUAUUUCAGUUUUGCACCAUCAUUUAGAGAUAGUUCCAACCCAAUUCAGCAGUGUGGAGGGAAUUGUUUUAUAUCAAUGAAUGAAAAGAUUAUUCCAGUGGAGUUUGAUAGUGUAAAGUUCACUGGAGCGUAGUCUCACGGAAGAGAGACGUGAACUAUGAUUUAAUUGCAUAUAUAGUACUGCAACAAAAACACACGGAAGAUACAAUUGUAGUAAAUUCUUACAGUGUCAACAUAUUUGAAGAAUAAUCCAUCACUGUAGGGAAAAUUACAGCAUAAUGUAAGAAUCAGAUGCCAGCUGAAAUAUUACCAAAUAGUACUGUGCUAUUUUUCAGCAGAAUGCAACAGUUUAAGUGCAAUUGUGCUGUAAGUCGGUAUUAUACGGGUAAUUGAAAUUUUGCAUAACACGUAGAGCUAAUUGCAGCCUAAUCGAACGUACGGGAACAAUUGCAGCAUCGCAAAGUAGUGUAGAGCUAGCUGCCUUAUUUUUCAUGGCAUAGAGCUGACUGAACCAUAUUUCAAUAGUAUAGUGAGAAAUGCAUUCAAAUAUUUUCGCACAGAGCUAACUGAAACAUAAUCUAAUACAAAGUGUUAAUUUUAGCAAAGUUCAGUUAUCUUGUGAGAAUGGAAUUACAUGGUUAUAGUAUAGAGACAACGAAAUUAUAACCGAAUAACAUAAAGGAGAAAACACACAAGAAGAAAAGUACUAUAAGGAAAACUGAAGUGUGGUCUAAUGCUAUGGGGUCGUACUUAAUUAAGUUGCAUUGAGACACUUUCACUAUACUCGACUAGCGUUGCGACAGCUGGGGUAUCAUAUGCAAAAGCAUUUGCAUUGUAAUCAAUUUGUGUAACUGCAGUGGAAAAUUGUGCAGCUAAUAUUGCUUGUAGAUGGGUUGGGGAUGAAAUUUUCAAUGCCUGUUGCUUGUUAUGUUCUGAAUGAUUGCAUUAACCAUUGGAUUCCCCUUGUCUGAAUGCAGUGAAAUAAAAUCUUCAUAUUAAGAUGUCUUUAUUAGUCGGAUGAACAUCGAAACACACAGUGAAAUGCAUCUUUGCGUAGAGGGUUCUGGGGGCAGCUCGCAAGUAUCGCCACGCUUCCGGUGCCAAUAUAGCAUGCCCACAACUUCCUAACCCGUACGUCUUUUGAAUGUGGGAAGAAACCGGAGCACCCGGAGGAAGCCCA